GUAACAUCAUUCCCCUCUUAUCAGUCUCAUAAGCCAGGGUGUUACCACCUUUAGGCUUCUUUCUCAUACCACAGACCUAUGGUCGGAAUUCUUCGAAUCUCGUAUCUUUGAGUCGAUUUUUCACUGGCGACGAAUUGGAAAAACUGAAUCAAAUCUCAGCUAUUAAUGGCGGUUUCGGAGGAAGAAUCCUCGUCUUCAUCCUCUGCCGGUUGCAGCAGCAAGUCACAAUCAGCUGCUUCUCGUGGCGCCUCUUAUUUAGCUAAGACUGUUCUCAGAGGUAGUGUUGUUCUGCAAGUCGUUUAUGGCCGUAUCCGCUCUUCUACUUCAUACGACGUCGUUCUUGGCAAGGAAACAUCUGUAGAGUUGGUGAUUAUAGAUGAAGAUGGAAUUGUGCAAUCUAUCUGUGAGCAGCCUGUAUUUGGCAUAAUAAAAGAUAUAGCUGUGCUGCCCUGGAAUGAGAAGUUCCCUGCUGGAAGCCCGCAGCUUUUGAGCAAGGAUCUCCUGGUUGUUAUUUCGGAUUCAGGGAAGCUCUCAGUUCUCAGAUUUUGCAAUGAAAUGCACAGGUUUUUCGCUGUAACACAUGUUCAACUUUCAUCUCCUGGAAAUCCAAGGCAUCAAAUUGGAAGGAUGUUGGCUAUUGAUUCCAGUGGCUGUUUCAUUGCUGCUAGUGCAUAUGAAGACAGAUUGGCUCUUUUCUCCCGCUCUGCUUCAGCUGGCAGUGAUAUACUUGAUAAGAGAAUCUUUUGUCCGACUGACAAUCAAGGGAAGAUUGAGACUGCCAGUGGUUUCACCAGUAUCUGUGGUACCAUAUGGAGCAUGUGCUUCAUCUCAACAGAUGUUCGUCAACCAAAUAAGGAGCACAAUCCUGUAUUGGCCAUUCUUCUCAAUAGGAGGAGAUCAUAUAGGACUGAGCUCAUGUUGAUAGAGUGGAAUAUGAAGGAGCAUUCACUCCAUGUAAUAUAUCAGUAUUCUGAACCUGGACCACUAGCACAUCAUAUCGUAGAAGUUCCUCAUUCUUAUGGAAUCCUGUUAGUAUUUCGUGCUGGGGAUGCUAUUGUGAUGGACUUUAGAGAUCCUCACAGCCCUUGUUUUCUUUAUCGAAUAAGUUUAAAUUUUACACCACCUUCAGUUGAGGAGCAGAAUUUUGUAGAAGAGGCUAUUAGAAUUCCCGAUAUUAUUGACGAAGACGGUAUGUAUAGCGUUGCUGCAUCUGCAUUGCUUGAGCUUAGCGACUUGAAUAAAAAUGACCCAAUGAACAUUGAUGAUGAUAGCAAUGUAAAACCGGGUUCAAAUUUUGUCUGCUCAUGGAGUUGGAAUCCUGGAAAUGAUCACAGUCCUAGGAUGAUAUUUUGUGCUGAUUCUGGAGAGCUUUUCCUGAUUGAUUUUUUAUUUGAUUCUGAUGGCCUGAAAAUAUCUCUGUCUGAUUGUCUUUACAAGACUCAACCAGCCAAGGCACUUUUGUGGGUGAGAGGUGGGUUUUUGGCAGUUAUCAUUGAGAUGGGUGAUGGGAUGGUGUUAAAAGUUGAAGAGGGAAAACUUGUUUAUAGAAGUCCAAUCCAAAAUAUCGCACCAAUAUUGGAUAUGUCCGUUGUGGAUUACCAUGAUGAGAAACAUGAUCAAAUGUUUGCCUGCUGUGGGAUGGCACCUGAAGGAUCUUUACGAGUUAUACGCAGUGGCAUCAGCGUAGAGAAAUUGUUGAGAACUGCACCUAUUUAUCAGGGUAUUACUGGAACUUGGACUGUGAAAAUGAAAAUGGCUGAUUCUUAUCAUUCUUUCCUUGUACUAUCAUUUGUUGAAGAGACCAGGGUUCUAUCUGUUGGUGUGAGCUUUUCUGAUGUAACUGACUUCAUGGGUUUCCAGCCGGAUGUUUGCACGUUGGCUUGUGGUCUUGUGGGCGAUGGUUUACUGGUGCAAAUCCACCAGACUGCUGUGAGACUGUGUGUACCUACUAUUGCUGCACAUCCAGAUGGUAUUGAUUCGUCAUCACCAACUUUCACCUCAUGGUCCCCUGAUAAUAUGACAAUAAGCCUUGGAGCUGUUGGGCCUAAUUUGAUAGUUGUUGCAACUUCCAGUCCAUGCUUCUUAUUUAUUCUUGGCAUCAGGACCUUAUCAGCCCAUCAUAAAGAAAUAUACCAGAUGAAACAUGUGAGAUUGCAAGAUGAACUAUCCUGCAUUUCAAUCCCCCGGCUUGAGCAAACACCUUUUAUAUCUAAAACUAGUCAUACAAAUGGAGUUCCUUUGGAUUCUCUUCCAUCCGGAUUGGACAUUAGUAACACCUUCAUUAUUGGUACACAUAAGCCUUCUGUGGAAGUUCUGUCAUUUACUUCUGAUAAAGGCGUGAAUGUUCUUGCCAUUGGGUCUAUAACCUUAACAAACACUCUUGGAACAACCAUAAGUGGCUGCAUUCCUCAAGAUGUAAGACUUGUACUCGUUGAUCGGCUUUAUGUUCUUUCAGGAUUAAGGAACGGUAUGCUACUCAGAUUUGAGUGGCCCUCUGCCUCGAUAAUUGCCUCACUUGAGUCGCCUGGCCUUCAAACUUUUGACAAUUCUUGUAUGGCUAAUUCCAGUGGUUCCUCAACUUUUGCAUCUCAGAAUUUUAGAACUCAACCUAUGCAAGUGUCCAGUUUAUUGGAUAAGACGAAGGAUUCUCCUGUUUAUCUGCAAUUAGUUGCAGUUCGUCGGAUUGGCAUAACUCCUGUUUUUCUGGUUCCAUUGAAUGACUCUCUUGAUGCUGAUGUGAUCGCUCUAAGCGAUAGGCCCUGGUUAUUGCAAACUGCAAGGCAUAGCCUCUCGUAUACUUCAAUCUCUUUUCCACCUUCCACACAUGUUACUCCAGUCUGUUCAACUGAAUGUCCCAAGGGAAUUAUCUUUGUUGCUGAAAACAGUCUUCAUUUGGUGGAGAUGGUGCCUAGUAAACGGCUUAAUGUGCAGAAAUUUCAUUUUGGCGGCACUCCUCGAAAGGUUCUAUAUCAUAGUGACAGUAGGUUGUUGCUUGUAUUACGGACUGAUCUCAGUGAUGAUUUAUGUUCAUCUGAUGUCUGUUGCGUAGAUCCUCUCAGCGGAUCGGUGUUGUCUUCCUUUAAGUUUGAGCCAGGGGAGAUAGGAAAAUGCAUGGAGUUGGUAAAAGUUGGAUACGAACAAGUUCUUGUUGUUGGAACUAGUCUCUCUACUGGUCCAGCUAUAAUGCCUAGUGGUGAAGCUGAAAGCACAAAGGGCCGUCUAAUAGUUCUUUGCAUCGAGCAAAUGCAACACUCGGAUAGUGGGUCAAUUGCAUUUUCUUCAAGGGCUGGAUCGUCUUCUCAACGUACUUCACCUUUCCGUGAGAUUGGUGGAUAUGCCGCUGAACAGCUGUCUAGCAGUAGUCUUUGUAGCAGUCCUGACGAUAACAGCUGUGACGGGAUUAAACUUGAGGAAAGUGAGGCAUGGCACUUAAGAUUAGGUUAUUCAACCACCUGGCCUGGAAUGGUGCUUGCAGUCUGCCCAUACCUUGAUCGUUAUUUCUUGGCCUCUGCGGGCAACUGUUUUUAUGUUUGUGGUUUUCCAAAUGAUAAUGCUCAAAGAGUCAGACGCUUAGCAGUAGGGAGAACACGUUUCAUGAUCAUGACUCUUACUGCACACUUCACUAGAAUUGCUGUUGGUGAUUGCCGUGAUGGUGUCCUCUUCUAUUCGUAUCAAGAGGAUGCGAGAAAACUAGAGCAAGUUUACUGUGACCCUGUCCAGAGGUUAGUUGCUGAUUGCACUCUUAUGGAUGUAGACACAGCUGCUGUUUCAGAUCGAAAGGGGAGUCUAUCCAUUUUAUCAUGUUUGAAUCACUCAGAAGAUAAUUCCAGUCCAGAAUGCAAUCUAGCUCUAACUUGUUCAUUCUACAUGGGUGAGAUAGCUAUGAGAGUUCGAAAGGUGCACUUUCCUAUAGGAGAUAAUUGUUGGAUGCCUUAUGGUGUUGUGGUCCAGAAAGUAGAUACAAUGCAUACCAUAGGAUAUAUAGAAGAUGGCAAAUCCGACACUGGCGUGAACCACGGAACUUGUGAUAGACCAGAAAAUUUGAUUGUAGCUGAUAUUUCAUAUUUCAAGGGAUCUGAAAAGACAAAAGACCUUUUACUGCAUUGCAAGGGGUCAUUCUCUUAUAAACUUCCAGCAGAUGAUGCACUUAAGGGCUGUCAAGUUGCCCGCAAUGUCGGUGACAUAUCACAAAAUAGUAUCAUGGCUAGUACACUUUUAGGGAGCAUAAUUAUUUUCAUUCCUCUUACUAGGGAGGAAUAUGAUCUCUUAGAAGCGGUACAGGCUAGGCUUGUCAUCCAUCCAUUGACUGCUCCUAUAUUGGGAAAUGACCACGCUGAAUUUCGCUGUCGUGGGAGUCUGGCUAGGGCACCUAAAGCUCUGGAUGGUGAUAUGCUUGCUCAGUUCUUGGAGCUUACUAGUAUGCAACAAGAAGCUGUAUUAGCAUUGCCUCUUGGUGCACAAAACACAAUUACGUUCAAUUCAAAGCAAUCUCCUCCUCCAGUUACUGUCAAUCAGGUUGUGCGGCUGCUAGAACGUGUUCAUUAUGCCCUGAACUGAAUAUGUUCUGAUGCUUUGAGAGCUGUAAACUUGGUCUUCCAUUGACUGCCAAUCAAGUGGCCUUACAGCCUUCCUCCAGAUAAUUGCCUGUGCGAAGGCCAUCUGUUCAUAUUCUUGGAAGCAAGGUGAUCUGCGAUUGACACAUGAUGUUUGAAGCUGGAUCAAAUAUUGUGCACAGGCCAGGCUAUUCUGCUUUGUUUUGGCUUUGGAGUGGGAGUGGCAGAAAUAGUUUUGCAGGGUUGUGCUUCUGGGUGCCUCUUCCGUGAUCAUUGUCCAUACACAGUUUUGUAUGGCAAUCUUUUAGUUUACGUGAGAUGCCUUUGCUUCCCGAGAGGAACACGGGGUGUUUUAGUUUUUUGGG